ACAAGAAGGUAACCGUAGAGAUCGCAGAGUUGUCUACCUAUGCGCUAGCGACAGGAAACACUAAAACACUAGCAGGCUCUACUACUUUGUAACAACCUCUAGAAAGUCAAGCCUUUUGAAAAAUAGGUGACACAGGGUCUUUAUGGUGUGUAUGCCAGUAGUCUUUUAGAAAAAAAAACAAAAACUAAAGUCUGAGAUAAAUUGUAUGAGUGAGGCACUAACUGUUAGCUGACAGGCUAACUAGCAUAGCUGCACUAGCAAUGGCGUUGAAGAGAAUUCAGAAGGAGUUGUCAGACCUUGAGAGGGAUCCUCCUGCUCAGUGUUCUGCUGGCCCAGUAGGAGAUGACUUGUUUCACUGGCAGGCAACAAUUAUGGGCCCAAGUGACAGCCCCUAUCAAAAUGGAGUGUUUUUUCUUACUAUUCACUUCCCCACAGAUUAUCCUUUCAAACCACCUAAAGUUGCAUUCACAACUAAAAUUUACCACCCAAAUAUCAACAGCAAUGGGAGUAUUUGUCUUGAUAUUCUAAGGUCGCAAUGGUCACCCGCACUUACAGUAUCUAAAGUAUUAUUGUCUAUCUGCUCUCUGUUGUGUGAUCCAAAUCCGGAUGAUCCUCUGGUACCGGAGAUUGCUCACACAUACAAAUCUGACAGAGAAAAGUACAACAAACUAGCCAGAGAAUGGACACAGAAGUAUGCAAUGUCAUAAAACAUGGGAGAUAAGUAGAAGAACACGUACAACUCACGUCAGAAAGGCAACAACAGUGGAUUAGAAUAAACUAACUUUGUGAAGGAAGCAUUACAAUGAGGUUCAGUGAUACAAUGCCACUGGCUUUCCAUGUGCUGAGCUGCUCCCAUGUGCUGUCCUUCAUGACACGUUUGGAUCGGCUGAGCGGGAAGUGACGGGCUUCUAUAAGCACUCCUUUAUGGAAAACCGGAAACUCACAACAGUCUAUACAACGACACUCAGACUUAAACUGUUACUUACUCUUGCUGUUGUUACAUCACUCUCAUUGUUACUAGUCAUUAAGAACAUAUCAUCGCUACUUAAAAUGUUUGGUUGGUUUCGGAGGUUUUAUUUCUGAGGUACUGUUUCUGUCCCACUGGAUGUCUUGUUUUACUGUAUCUCCAUGUAUUUAGUGGCCUUUCUGUGUUAUUUUGAAGCGGUAUGUGCAAUUGAGACAGAAUGUUCCCUGAUGUACACCACUGUGCAGUGCCAUUACCAGCAGCUCAUCUGUUGGCACAUUAUGUCUCCACCCAAAUCAAUGUGACAAAAGAUUGGUUUACUUUCAGUAGUAACCACUGCAUUCAAAAUCUUUAGUUUUUCUAUUAGAUGGGUUAAACGAUAGUUCAUUUUCUCACACAUGCUGUUAUUGAAGUAAUGUAUGGUCCUAAAAUGUAUUGAUUUAAUCUAAAGCGGCUACAUUUAUGCUGGCAGUUUUAUUGUGUGCCACUUCCUCAAUACUGUUACUCAGGUAUCUAGCCAAUCAACCCAAACAGUGACUCUUUGUGAGGAAAAUGUGGACUUAAAAGCUUUUUAAAUUUAAAAUCAUCCCAAAUUGGGUGAUCCAAACUAUUCUGAUUUGUUCUUUCACAGGUGCAGAAGACCUGCCUUUUUGCACAAAAAAUAUGAACUAAACUUUUGUCAAAAAAGGCACCUCUUUCCUUUUAUCCUCCUAAUUCUUUACUAUUUCAAUAAUUGUUCAGAACACUCAAGAUGUGAAGUAGCUUGAAACAACAGUGUUAGAAGUUUACUUGCUACAGUUGGAAAUGGUGUUCAUUUACAGUGGGUGUCAAAACAAACUUGACGUAAGUGUCGGUCAUUUUAAGUCAUGUGCAUCAACUUGAGUUUAAUGAAUGCAGCUGCCAUGACACUUUGAUUUGCUUUAAGAGACAGUGAUGUAAAGCUUUAGUUCAGCUUUUUCAUUUCUUUAUUUAUGAUUGGGUCUGCUCAGCUUCAUUUGUACCUGAAACGGUAAAUAAUUUGUAUGUAACCUUUGCUAUUGUAUAUUGAAAGACUUUAGUUUGGGGCUAUUUUUUUUCUUUCACACUUGAGAUAUGAUUGUGGUGUAAUAGUUUAAAUAAUACAUGGUAACUGUUGGAUUAAAUUGUUAGGAUAUACCAUUUAUUACAUCAUAAUGUGCUGAUGCUGCCAAUAUUGAAAAAAGGGAAAUAGUUCAUUGUUAUUGAGGCAUUUUAAAUUGGGAGUUAUCCUAAAAGGUUAACACUAAGCAUGUACACUUGAAGCUUUGAUUACAAAACUAACAUAGUUUUAGCACCAAUACAUAUGUGUUACUAGUUGUAUGACAGUUCACUAUAUACAGGAUAACAAAAUAUUUCAGAAAUACAGAGAUCUGUCAGACAAUGAAAUCUGAAAUGGUUUUUGGUUCUGUGCAUUGUUCAUUUAAAAGAAAAAUAUCUUCCGGAUGUGUGGUUGAGAGCAGCCAGAGUGUAUCACCAGUGGUGUUACCCUGACUGUGUACUCUAGAGUUUAUAUAGGCAGCUUAGCAUGCUUUGCACUCCCAAGAAUCCUCUCUGCCAUUUGCCAGAUAUCAGGGAUUUCGUUACACUUCAUCUGCCUAACACCUCUAACUAAAAUAAUAGCCUUAACCCUCAUUUUCUACAUUUAACUGUCAUAAAGAAAACUGUAAACUUGCUAUAUCAGGGCUGUAUCCUCUUGGGUAACUCAUCUCUUAAUAAAUGGAACGUGCAGCUUGAACAAAACUAAUAUAUUUCUAAUUGAGCCUAGCCUUGUCUGAAUGCAGGACCAGCCAUGUGCAUCUUUCUGAUCUGGAAUGUCUGCUUAAAAUGUCAACAUCCACAUUUCACACUCCACAUACAAGAUAUCUAUGGACAUGUCAUGAAAUAUGAUUAAAGUUAAUCUUCGA